AUGAUGUUUUACAUUGUUUCACAAUACGUUCAUUCGGUAUUAAAAUUGAUGCUUGUCCUGGUCGUUUAA